GGGCCCGGCAUCCUCCGCGGAGCAAGAUGGCGGCGGCCGGGACGGCCCCGGAGGCGACGAGGAGCUAGGCCGUCCGCCCCGCGGCCUCUCCCGAGGGCCGGGCAGGUCCCAGGAAGCGAGCUCAAGCCCAGUCCAACGAAGGCGUGAUGGCUUUUCCUGCCGUGGCCGUGGGGACGCCCCAGUGAUGCCUCUGCCCUGAGAGGCAGUGUCGGCUUCUCGCAGCCCUGACUGGACCGCCGGAGCCUGCGGCGGAAGCGCCCCGGCCGAGGCCCGAGGCCGGUCUCGCAAGGCCCUCCGCCCCGACAGGCGCGACCCUGAGCGCUCCAUGCCUGCGGGCGGAGGGAGGCGGCGCCUCCCCCAGGGCUGCCACCUCUGUUGGCUGCUCUGCGCUUUCGCCCUAAAGCUCUGCCAGGCCGAGGCCCCCGCGCCCGCGGAGAAGCUGUCAGUGGGCGCCUCGAACCUGCCGUGCUGGCUGGUGGAAGAGUUCGCGGUGGCAGAGGAGUGCGCGCCGUGCUCCCGUUUCCAGGCCAAAACCACCCCUGAGUGUGGUUCCACAGGGUAUGUGGAGAAAAUCACAUGCAGCUCAUCUAAGAGGAAUGAAUUCAAAAGCUGCCGCUCAGCUCUGAUGGAACAACAUUUAUUCUGGAAAUUUGAAGGGGCCAUCGUGGGUGUGGCCUUGGUCUUUGCUUGCCUUGUCAUCAUUCGUCAGCGACAGCUGGACAGAAAAGCUCUGGAAAAGGUCCGGAAGCAAAUCGAGUCCAUAUAGCUACCUUCCACUUUUUGAUAGGAGCCUUAGGGAUUGUACCUCAGACACAGACAGUAGAAUGAACGGACUUGGGCCCUUUGUUCUUGGGAACUUGUGGUGGCACCUA